UAUCUCUGUCUCUUAUAUAUAAGAAGGGCCUGGUUUUAGAAAUUGCUCUGCCUAGCCAUGUUUUUCAAAUUUGCAAUUGCAGUGGCUUACCUAAUCGGGUUAGUUGCAGCAGAUGACCAUCUUGGUUUCAGGUACAAUGGCUUCAGAUCGGAAAAUCUCAGCCUUCAUGGUGUAGCAAAGUUUACCGACGGCGGACUUUUACAGCUUACCAACAACACCAAUAGGGUAAAGGGUCAAGCUUUCUACCGUAACCCAAUAUCCUUCAAAACAUCAUCGAAUGGCACGGCUUUCUCUUUUUCUACAACUUUUGUUAUCGGUAUCCAGUCUCAGUUUGACAUUCUCAGUGGGCAAGGUAUGGCGUUCGUGAUUGCCCCAACACUAGGGCUCCCCUUUGGUCUUACCAGUCAAUACCUCGGCCUUUUCAACAACAGCAACAAUGGAAAUGCCAGCAAUCAUGUUUUCGCCGUAGAAUUUGACACUGUUCAGAAUACCGAGUUUGAUGAUAUUAAUAGUAACCAUGUGGGGAUUGAUGUUAAUGGAUUGAAGUCUGAGAUUUCAGCUCCAGCUGGCUAUUAUGAUAAUCAGACAGGUGACUUUAACAACUUGACGCUCAUUGAUCGUCAGAGAAUUCAAGUUUGGGUGGAAUAUAAUGGCGACGAGAAGCAAAUUAAUGUCACUUUAGCUCCAUUCAACAUGGGUAAGCCUAGAAAUCCGCUUCUGUCUUUGUCCAGGGAUCUUUCAUUAAUUUUUACAGAAAACAUGUUUGUUGGCUUCUCAUCUUCCACUGGUUCGUUGUUUUCAUCUCAUUAUGUUUUGGGUUGGAGUUUUAAAAUGAACGGCCAAGCGGAGGAGCUCCUCCUCUCUGAACUUCCCAAGCUUCCCCGAAUAGGCCCCAAGCGGACAUCAAAGCUUUUCACAAUUGGGCUCCCUGUGAUUUUUGCAAGCUUGAUUUUAGCUGCGGUUUCAGGUGCAGCUUAUGUCAUAAGAAGGAAGAGGAAAUUCUCUGAAGUGCUUGAAGAUUGGGAGCUUGAAUAUGGGCCUCACAGAUUCAAAUACAAAGAUCUUUACUUUGCCACCAAAGGGUUUAAAGAAACAGAGCUAUUAGGCAGUGGUGGAUUUGGGAGUGUUUACAGAGGUGCACUAGCAAAAUCUAAAGUAGAAAUAGCAGUGAAGAGAGUCUCCCAUGAAUCAAGACAAGGAAUGAGAGAAUUUGUUGCUGAAAUUGUCAGUAUUGGCCAUCUCCGUCACCGGAAUCUGGUACAACUUCUGGGUUAUUGCCGGCGCAAAGGAGAGCUGCUUCUGGUGUAUGACUACAUCCCUAAUGGAAGCCUCGACAAGUACAUCUAUGGCCAACAAAAGCUCACCCUGAACUGGGCUCAAAGAUUUCAGGUGAUCAAAGGCGUAGCCUCUGGCCUAUUUUAUCUACACGAAGAAUGGGAAAAAGUUGUAAUUCACAGAGAUGUCAAGGCUAGUAAUGUGUUGCUCGAUUGUGAAUUCAAUGGAAGGCUGGGCGAUUUUGGGCUAGCAAGAUUAUAUGACCAUGGAACUGAUCCACAAACAACACAUGUGGUGGGCACUCUGGGUUACCUCGCCCCGGAGCACACUCGAACAGGAAAGGCCACAAGAAGCACUGAUGUAUUUGGUUUUGGUGCCUUUCUUCUUGAAGUUGCCUGCGGCAGACGACCAAUAGAGCCACAAUCGCCGACAGAGGAGACUGUGGUUUUGGUCGACUUGGUAUUUGGGUUUUGGAAGAAAGGUGAAAUUAUUGAGGCAAGAGAUCCAAAAUUGGGAAGUGACUAUGUUGCGGAGGAGGUCGAGUUGGUGUUGAAACUUGGGUUGAUGUGCUCUCAUUCGGAGCCUGCAGCUCGGCCGAGCAUGCGACAAGUUGUGCAGUACUUAGAGAAGGAGGCUACUUUGCCGGAGUUUCCAGCUCUGGAAAUUUCAGACAGUGGCCUGAGAUUUUUGCCUUCGGAAGGUUUUGAGGACUUUGUAGUGUCGUUUCAAUCUUUAGCAACAUCAACUUCUAUUGCAGAUUCAGUGCUCUCAGAUGGCAAUAAGGAUUAUAACGUUGAAUAAUCGGAGAUCUAUUUUAUACAUACAUACAUACAUACAUAUAUAUAUGUUGUAUGUGUAUAUUGCAUCACGCAUGAAUUAGUGAUUCUAGAAAUUGUUAUCAAACAAUAACGAGUAAUGUUAUGUGUAUAAUAUUUAUGUACAAAUAAUUAU